AGAGUUGCGUUUGGAAAUACUUUUUCCGCCUCCCGCCCCCUCGGGUACUGACCAGUGUGGUCCCCAAGUGUCCUUCGUGGAGUUCUUAUUCCGUGUGAGCGAAUCGUGUGUUGGUGUUUACUUAGCUGUGUAGCCCCAGCCUGUUAACUGUGGUCCGAGCUACUUCUGGAGGUUUCUACCAUUUACUAUUUACUGAAUGUGUGUGCACCUGGCUCUCUGUAUGCACUGAUGUCUGUGGGAAACGUGUACGUGUGCAUGUUUGAAACAACAGGCUCGUGAGUUAAUGCUUAAUGUCUAUAACCCGUAUCAGCAACUAAGUCUUCCCAGAGAAAUACAUCGAUCUCUGCACCAAACCUAGAAACUGACUAAAGUAAGAUAUUAAAUGGCAUGUAAAGAAACGUAUAUCAGAUAAUAAACUUUUGAUAUAGAAAAAGAUAGCUGCAGGAACCACUUCUCCUUGAGGAAAAACAAAUGUGCAUUUAACUAAUACCUAAAUCUGAAUGUUGAUGGAACCAUUUAACUACUCAGAACUAGCCAUUAGACAAAUAAAGUUGAUGUUGCAUAUUUUAAAGACAUUUCUUGCUAAAAUGCACACAUCAUAAAUGGAUCACCUUCUGAAUGCAAAUGUGUUUGCUGUGAUAGAGGUGAGAAACUGUCAUUUGGUCAUUUGAAAGUUUAAAAGCGACAUGAAUGUUUCUAAUGGUAAUAGAUUAUUUCUCUGAGAUUUUAAAUUGAACAGAUGAGAAAGGCAAAAAAAUAUUUAGUAACCUAUUAAUCAUUUUGCCUCCCAUCUUUUUUUGUUUUCCUCCAAAUAAGUGCUAUUCUUGCCUUUGUUGUUGAUUUCUUGAUAUUUUAAUCCUCCUCAGGCAUUUAAUCCAAUAAGAGAUUAGAACAGAUUUACUGGUUUUAAAGGUGUUGAAAGAUAUCUCUAUGGGUCCCAUAACUUCUCAUUUUUAUUACCAAGUUAAUAUCUUUUGAACAAUGGAGGAAAUGCAAUUUCUUAGAGGAAACUCAGUGGACAUUGAGUAUCAGUGGUGUCACCACUGACAUCAAUCUAUUUUGCAGAAUAUUGAGAAGCUUAGAGCAACCAACCUUUAAGGUUCCCAUAGGACUUUGUCUGAUUUAAAGUGUUGCUUUUCUAAUCCCACCCUACUGACAGUUUGCAAGGGAAGAUAUACUGAUUGAUUUUUUUCCUCUGUCCUUUUUUUUCCCUUGGUACUCCUUCCCCCUCCCCCUUCCCUCCCAACUCAGUUAAGAGCAAUUUUAUAAAAAUAAAAGGUCAUAUAUAGUUUCUAAAGUGAGACAAAUUAUUUUCUGAUUAUAUCUAUACAUGAACAGAAGACAUGCACCUCUAGAAUUUUAAGCAUUGCGUACUGCAGGUGAUUAUUGGCAGGCACAAUGGCAGUUACCAUAGUUGAACAAGAGGCUUGAUGUUGGACAUGAUUUUAAAAAACUAAUCCAUUUUAGGCUAUCAGGAGAACUUACUGUAAAUGGACUCUUUUUGUUUCAAAGAUGUCUCCCACUCCAGGCGAGGAGCAAUCUUGGCUGAGGAUUCCCUCCUGCGGGUCUCUUUCUCAGUGGUUCUGAGUUUGGCCUAAUUGAAGACUGAGGUUAUGAAGUCGAUCCUAGAUGGCCUUGCAGACACUACCUUCCGCACCAUCACCACAGACCUCCUCUACGUGGGCUCGAAUGACAUUCAGUACGAAGACAUCAAAGGUGACAUGGCCUCCAAAUUAGGAUACUUCCCACAGAAAUUUCCUCUAACUUCCUUUAGGGGGAGUCCCUUCCAAGAAAAGAUGACUGCAGGAGACAACCCCCAGCUGGUCCCAGCAGACCAGGUGAACAUUACAGAAUUUUACAACAAGUCUCUCUCCUACAAGGAGAAUGAGGAGAACAUCCAGUGCGGGGAGAACUUCAUGGACAUGGAGUGCUUCAUGAUCCUGAACCCCAGCCAGCAGCUGGCCAUCGCCGUACUGUCCCUCACGCUGGGCACCUUCACGGUUCUGGAGAACUUGCUGGUGCUCUGCGUCAUCCUGCACUCCCGCAGCCUCCGCUGCAGGCCUUCCUACCACUUCAUCGGCAGCCUGGCAGUGGCAGACCUCCUGGGGAGCGUCAUCUUUGUCUACAGCUUCGUUGACUUCCACGUGUUCCACCGCAAAGAUAGCCACAACGUGUUUCUGUUCAAACUGGGCGGGGUCACAGCCUCCUUCACCGCCUCCGUGGGCAGCCUGUUUCUCACGGCCAUCGACAGGUACAUAUCUAUUCACAGGCCCCUGGCCUAUAAGAGGAUUGUCACCAGGCCCAAGGCCGUGGUGGCAUUUUGCCUGAUGUGGACCAUAGCAAUCGUGAUCGCCGUGCUGCCUCUCCUGGGCUGGAACUGCAAGAAACUGAAAUCCGUUUGCUCAGACAUUUUCCCACUCAUUGACGAAACCUACCUGAUGUUCUGGAUCGGGGUCACCAGCGUGCUGCUGCUCUUCAUCGUGUACGCGUACAUGUACAUCCUCUGGAAGGCCCACAGCCACGCCGUCCGCAUGAUUCAGCGCGGCACUCAGAAGAGCAUCAUCAUCCACACGUCCGAGGAUGGCAAGGUACAGGUGACCCGGCCGGACCAAGCCCGCAUGGACAUUCGGUUGGCCAAGACCCUGGUCCUGAUCCUGGUGGUGUUGAUCAUCUGCUGGGGCCCUCUGCUUGCCAUCAUGGUGUACGACGUCUUUGGGAAGAUGAACAAGCUCAUUAAGACGGUGUUUGCCUUCUGCUGCAUGCUCUGCCUCCUGAACUCCACCGUGAACCCCAUCAUCUAUGCUCUGAGGAGCAAGGACCUGAGACAUGCCUUCCGGAGCAUGUUCCCCUCAUGUGAAGGCACGGCACAGCCGCUGGAUAACAGCGUGGGGGACUCGGACUGCCUGCACAAACACGCAAACAACGCAGCCAGCGUUCACAGGGCUGCAGAGAGCUGCAUCAAGAGCACGGUCAAGAUCGCCAAGGUAACCAUGUCUGUGUCCACAGACACGUCUGCUGAGGCUCUGUGAGCCUGAUGCCUCCCUGGCAGCACAGGAAAAGAAAUCCUUUUUUUUUUUUUUUUCCCUUAAAGCUCAAGAUCUAGAAGAGUCUGUUGUCUCAUCGGUUAUAUUUUUUUAAGUUUACCAUGCUCAGUGAAAAGGUGAUUGUCACCGUGAUCAUUUAUCAGUUCACUAAUGUUUCGAUAGUUUAGGUACUCAAACUCCAUUCUCCAGGGGUUUACAGUGAAGAAAGCCUAUUGCUUAAGUGACUGAACGGCCCUUCAAAGUCAAUGAAAUAGGAGGGGACCCUUUGGCUACACAAUUUGAAGUGUAAGUACCCAUAGAAAAAUAUCAUCAAAUGAGUAAUGCCUUUGUACCCACAACUUUCAUUAUAAUGUGAAAUGUAUUUGUCCAUAGUAUCAGAGAUGUCCAUUUUUACAACAGUAAUAUUACUAAAGUAGAGAUAUUUUGUAAAAUGUGUUGUGUCCUGUGAGAUGUGUAUCAGUGUUUAUAUUAUGUUAUUUAUAUUUGUCUAAUUCAGCAAAACUGAAAGGUAGACUUUUAUGAGAACAAUGGAACACACAGCAGUGGAUGUACGCCAAUGAGACUCCUUUUUUUCUAUAUUACUGCCCAUGAUAUAGCUUAAGAUACCUUAAUUUUUCUUCAGAUAUCUCUAUUUGAAACUGAAAUAACCAUAAAGAUUUAUUUUUCUGUUAAUACGACAAGAAGAAUUUGAAGACUUCAAAGUAUUGAGCAGAAUUCAUUGCCACUUACAAAUUUAUUAGUCCUGCAUUUUCAUAGGAGGACAUUUAUUAUCUUCUGGACUAUAGCUGUUCUGUUGAGUAAUGGAUUACAAUCAGAAUGGAAGAGAGAAAGCAUAUUGACUUUUUUAGGGUGACAUCUCUGACUUUCUUUAGUCUUUAGCUAUUAUUGGAUCUCUUAAGACAGCAUGUGUCAAUCUUAAUGUAUAUUGUUACCACUGUGCAGUUGCUGUUUACUUGAAGAGUAUUGUAUUCUUAUAUUCCAGGUUUAAGUAGAUUUCAUGCCUGGGUGGCCAAACAACAGUCUUCUGGUUUUGUUUGUUUGUUUGUUUAUUGAAAAGUAUUGUCUGGAUCAGUAAAUUUAUACUAUGUGUGAAUGUGAAUAUAAAUGUAUGUAUGUGUGUAUUUCUAUCUUGUAACUGUUACAGUAAUGUCAUAAAGUGAGAAAACUGUGACCAAGUGUAAACUGUAUCACUUGCUGCACUCUUGCACAUGAAUUCAGUUUCUAAAAUUGAGUUCUUCCAGAAAUCUUGUUGAUAGGAAUAGUGACUGUAACCAUUCAGAAAAUUCCUACCCCCAACCCUUCUUAGGAAAUUGAGUCAAGUAUUACUAAAUUGAUCUUUGGGUAUUACAUAAGACCAGUGUUCAGCAAGGAAUAAUCAGUGACAGACAUUCAAAAAAAAGGCUUUUAUUUAUAAUGUUAUCUGGAAAUGAGAGUGUUUUGGUUUCUGAGCACCCAAUAUUGAUCAGAUCCAUGGAGAUAUAAGUCAUUAAAAGGAAGAUAGUUCUAAAAACAAAACAAAACAAAUAAAACAGAUGGGAACAUUUUUCACUUGUGUGUGUAGGUAAUGCCAUCCCAGUUUAAGUAGUGCUGUACACAUCACGAUGAAGUAGGACUGUCACACCUGGCCCACGUGGCUAAAAAGGCCAAAUCAGACAGUGGAUGAGACAGAAAAGGGCAGCAAAGAGCUGACACACUUGGGAUUGGGCCUAGAAAACACGCUGCUGCUGUGCUUCACCCAGAUGCCCUUGGUAGCAGCCCAGUGCUCGGUUUUGUCUGGGUGGGUUUGGGCUGCGGAAUAGACUUCCCUGUUCGAGGCCAGCAAGGUAUGCUACAGCAUGAAGAUGAUGUGCUUUGUUUCUUCUUAUGACUCAGUCUCGUACCCCUUACUGAUGCCAUAGAUGCUCAGAGUUGGGCCCUUUUCCAGUAAGGAAUGAUACUGCUUAAAGAAGCCACUUGACCCUGAAAAAUUUUACCUACAAUCUCUUCUCCUCAUACAGAUAGAUAAAUCAAGACUCCUACAAGGCUCCGAGGCCUACAUAGCAUGAAGGGAAGGGGAGAGCUAGCGUCUGUCUGGCGAUUCCUAGCUCUCAAAAUACCCAAGGAGCCUGAUGGGGCAGUGCCCCUUUUGCAGUUUAUGGUCUAAGGCAGAGUGAGGUCUGUGGACCAAGUGGAGGUGCUGUCAGUUGGCCAUCCAUCUGUACAGCUUGAAUCUGCCCACUGGUUCCCCCAUUUUACCUCGCUGUGAUAUGCAGAUGAGGGCUCAGGGUGCUGGAGAUUAAUAAGAUCUCUUUAGAAGGAAAGAUGAUUAUUUAUGAAAAAAACUCACCAGGGUCUAGUUUCCAUUUAAGAAUUGCUAGUCUUUUGUCCUGCAUCACCCUGAAUAUUAAUCCACACAUCUCAGAUCUCACCAGGCAGUACCAACGCUCUUCUCACAGCUAUGAAGACCUAGUGGAGAUGAAAUUCUUGUUAUAGGUAGGAAAACUUCAGGAUUCAUUUUUGAAACUGUAUUUGUGCAUAUGCAAUGUAGAUUUUAUAGUGUGUUGUGCUUUCAAGAUCUAAAUCAUAUAUAAACAAUUAAGGGACAAUGGGGCUGACAGCACUAAACUUGGUGCUUAUUGAUAUUCUAAGAAAUAUCUGUGAAAUACCAUCAUGUAUGUGUUAUACUACCUUCAUUCAAAAAUGUUUAAAAUUAGUUGGAUUCACUUUGACAUUUUUCAUAUCAUUUCCUAACCCAAGUGACUAAAAUCUUCCUCUCAAUUAAUAUACUCAUCAGGAUGAACAUUUGUUAGUAUUCAUUAAUUAGCCCCAUAAUUAGCUCCAUUAAUUUAAAUAUGAUUUAAAUUUAAGUAAAGUUGUAUAAGGUCUGACAUCCGAGGCAUGUACUUUCCUCUGAGGAUAGCAUGUUUGUCCUGACCAUGCAUUUUGCCAUCACACAUGUCUUCAGAAAGGGCCAAAUUCCCAACCUGUUCAGUUUCUUCAGAGUAAUGAUAAAUCAGUCCUAGACUAACAGUUUCAUUCAGACAAGAAGAGCUAUCUGCAAGAACCUCUAAUUUUUUAUUACAUAUGAAAUAUAUGUAAAAGAAAUAUGGAUCUGGGAGAUGCUACAGACAUCUGCCUACAUUUGAGAUGAUUCCCAAGCCUGUCCUUGAGUAAGGAUUAUCUGAUAUUAAAUGUUAAGGAAUUUUUGCCGCCUAAACCGACUUCCACAGGCAAUAUGCCCAACCCACCGGAUGAAAACUAGGCCCUGGAUGAGUAGCACUCUAGUUACUGUCCUGUUGAUUAAUUUCUGCCAUUCCAUGUCCGUAGAAGACACCACCAAUAUCAUGCACAAAAUUGGAUUUCUCAUACUCUAGCUGUACAUUUGUAUGAUAUUUUACAAUCUCCUAAAUGCUGGACAGUGGCUAUUAACAAUUGUCUUGCACUGGCCUUCUGAUGAAAUGUUAACAAUGCCUACUGUAAUAUAGACAACACAUUCUAUCUACUGAUUUGGGCUGAAUGUAUGUAAAUAGGUUUUCAAAAAGUCGGAUGUUUAAGCAGUGGCCUAUUAAUCAGUAGUUUCCAGAUAGGAGAGUUUCUUUACAUUGCUGUGGCAUCCUAAAAGCUAUCUUCAUGUAAACUUUCUAUGCUAGGCCUACUGGGGACCAGAUUCCCCAAGAAAGGAAACCUUUUCUUGUAAUAGUAUGAAUCAAGAUACCAGAUUAUCUGGAUUCUUAUUUCCAAUGUUUCAAGUAGAAAACAACUCUUUAUUGUCUGUAAAUCUAACGUGGAAAACAACUCUUUAUUGUCUGUAAAUCUAACAUUAUUACUUUUCCUCUUAGAAGAAUAUUGUAUUGUUAGAUGUUUGUUGAGCUGGUAACAUUGUUGCAGCUGCUGCAAUAUCUUCGUUAGUGAUAUGUAUAAUAUUUUGUAUACAAGUACUGGUAAGAUUGUUAUUAAAUGUAGCUUCAGUCAUUAAAUUACUAUAGCGAAGUAGUACUUCUGUAAUAUUUACAAUGUAUUAAGCCCACAGUAUAUUUUAUUUCAAUGAUGUAAUUAAACUGUUAUUUAUUCAAAGAGAAAACAUCUCAUCAUGUCUAUUGUCCAAAAUUACCUGGAAUAAAUAAAAAUUCUAGAUUAUCAUGAAGAACAUGAAA